AUGAACGCACAAAGCUUCAAAGAUUUUCAAGAGCUAGUUGACCAGAAGAUUGAAUUGUUGGAGAGCGAGGAAGUGAACUUUGAACAACUCCGAGCAUUUCAUCAAGACGAGCCAACGAUCUCUAGGAUCAAUCAACAAGUCGCUGCAAUAACUCCCGUCAAAGAAGCUGUGACUGCGUUCGCUUCACGCUUGUCCAAAGAUUGGAGUCAAGAGGGAGAUCGAGUCAUCGGGCACAUCUUGUGGGCACCAAAAAUCGAGGACAGUACCCAGCCGUAUGGGUACACCAAAGACUUUUGUGUCAUCCACCUUGACAAACGCAGCUUCAAAGAAGGGUUUCUCGGAAAUGCUAUUCCACUUAUGUACGUUGUCCCAUGA